AUGUUCAUCGAACGACUGAAGAAAGAUUGGGACCGACUUCCUCCUGGCCUAAAGAAACCAUGGGCGUUCAAAGAUGCUCUCCAAGUCCACGCAUCAUGCGGGGGCUUCAUCACAAUCUUGGAGACUUUGCGGAAAAACAUCCCGAAGGCUGACUAUGACACAGCUGUCACCACAUUGCAGGAACAAUUCAGUUUGGGCUACUUGGACCCAGAUAUUGUAGCGUUCCUGGAAAACGGCGUCCCUCCUGUCCAGCUGGCGGAGGUCAAUUUUGUGAGGAACAUCGUGACCUCUGUGGAGCAGCGGAAGCAGAACGAAAUGCACGAGAAGGAGCGGGAGUUGGCGGAACGUGUGGCGGCUGCUACAGUGGAACAGAUCCGCCACAAGUUCAACCAAGAUGUCGACACAUUGAAAGCAAGAACCCAAUGCCGCGAUGAGCUCGCGUUGGAAGCUGCGAAAGAUGCCAAGAAAGGCGUGCCAGCGCACUUGCAAAUUGUGCAGAACUACCUGCGCGGGAUGGCGUUUGGGGACAAGGAUGUGGUGGUAUGGGUGGACAUCUUGCCGAACAGGUACUGCGAGUUCGGCCGUGCUGUGUUGGGGCGCCUAUUGGAUUCCAAUGCAGGCCGCCCACCUGUCUUCUACUAUGGCUGCUUGCGUGACGAUCAAAAAGAUGUCAAGGAGGCAUUGGAGGACCUCGUGUACAACUUCUGGGACCAGUCGGAUGCUGCGCCGCCCAAAUCAAGGCCAGUGGAGACAGUGGCUGACCCAGAUCUGGUGCUGCUGAGCUGGUCCAACGGUCAACCAGCCUUUCCAGAACAAUUGCUCAGCAAAUUUUCUGAAGGAUCAGCGGGGCACAAAAGCAUCCACGACAUGCAGAAGGAGCUUCUCACCAUGUUCCCCAAUGCACAGGUCCAGGGCUCCCCAGGAACAGGAAGAGGCGGGAACCCACGAGCGACGGGCAGGCCUGACUACACUAUCGACGGCGGAGGGAGGCCCUUGGACUUUACCCGAGCACUGGACAAGACCAUUACUCCCAAGAGCUCCUUCAGUGCGGAGAGGAAGGUGUAUGUGGCAGCUGCCAAAGGAAAACCGUCUUUGGUGCUUGACACCAACUACGCUCUGUGGGUUGGCAAUGAGACGGACGAGGAGACGACUUUUGCACCCUCUGAGAUUGCUGGCUUCAACCUUGGAACGUUUGAGGAGAAGGUGGUUUCAG